AAUUAGAUAAUAAUUGAUUAUUGUUUAUGUGCAAAUCGUAUAAACCAACUACCACUCUUUAUUUUUAAACUCCAUUUGAAAGUUUAUCAGGAGAACAGGACUUAAAUGAUUGUAUCGCAAACGUAUCAAAUUUAUGCAAAGGUACGCAGCUCAUUGAAAUUCUGUAACCGGGACGAAUGAAGCAAAACAAGAAGUGAAAAAGAAAGAGAAACGAAGAGAGUCUUGAGCUUCAGCUCAGAAAGGGUACAGUUCCUCAAAUCGAACCGAUGUAACCUUCUGAAUCGCUGUCAGUUUAUUGUCUGUGAUUUUUUUAUUUAGAAUUCGUUGACUGCACGAUCGUGGAAGUAUAAUGUACACGCGACUGAAGAAAUGUGACGCUAUAACGAGAAAGAAAGCAUGUGUUAAAUUUUACUGUGAUUUAGCAAAGUGCGAAGUUGAAACAAACGAAAUUCAAGCUAAACCUUUCAAAGAUAUCCCUGGACCAAAAUCGUUGCCUGUUAUUGGAACACUUUACAAAUAUCUGCCUAUAAUUGGUGAAUACAGUUUUACAAAAGUGUAUGAAAGUGGAAGAAAAAAAUUCAGUCGAUUUGGACCGUUAGUGCGUGAAGAAAUAGUGCCUAAUGUAAAUGUGGUAUGGGUUUAUCGGCCAGAAGAUAUAGCCGAAAUUUUCAGAGCCGAAUCAGGUUUACAUCCAGAACGAAGAAGUCAUUUAGCUCUUUUAAAAUAUCGAAAAGAUCGUAGCGAUGUGUACAGAACCGGAGGCCUAUUACCCACAAAUGGACCAGAAUGGUGGCGAUUACGAAAAGAGUUUCAAAAAGUUAGCAGCAAACCUCAAGACAUAAUCAAUUAUUUGGAAGAAACAAAUUGUGUUGUCCAAGAGUUUGUUAAAUUAUGUAGCAGUGAAACAUUUGAUGACCUUUUACCAAUUUUAUCACGCUUAUAUCUUGAAUUAACAUGUUUAAUUGUAUUUGAUACAAGACUGAAUAGCUUCUCAAAAGAGGAAAGAGAAAAAAAUUCAGUAAGUUCAAAACUAAUUGAGGCUGCUUUUGCAACAAAUAGUGCAAUUUUAAAAUUAGACAAUGGAUUACAAUUUUGGCGUAUUUUUGAAACACCAUUAUACCGAAAAUUGCGCAAAGCACAAACAUAUAUGGAAACGGUUGCAUUAGAAUUAGUAUCCCGUAAACAGAAGGAUAUGCAAGCAAGAUGUAGUAAAUCAUUUCUGACUGCCUAUUUGGAAAAUCCUGCUUUGGAUAUUAAAGAUGUUGUGGGAAUGUCUUGUGACAUGUUACUUGCUGGCAUAGACACUACUACUUAUAGUACAGCUUUUGCUUUGUAUCAUCUGGCAAAAAAUCAGAGCAGUCAAGAUAGAUUAAGAUCCGAAGUCAUGCAGUUGUUACCCAAAACUGAUCAACCAAUAACAGCGGAUGUUUUACGAAAUGCAACUUACACCAAAGCUGUGAUUAAAGAAAGUUUACGUCUAAAUCCUAUUUCUGUAGGAAUUGGACGCAUUUUACAAAAUGAUGUUGUUCUCAAUGGAUACCAAGUACCUAAAGGAACUGUGGUUGUAACACAAAAUCAAGUCAUUUGUCGACUUCCUGAAUAUUUUAACAAUCCAGACUCAUUUAUACCAGAAAGAUGGCUUCGUGAGAAUGUAGAUAAAAGUAACAAGGGAAGUUCUGGGAAACCUGUUCAUCCUUAUACAUUAAUACCUUUUGGUCAUGGUCCUCGUUCUUGUAUAGCUAGACGAUUUGCAGAACAAAACAUGCAAGUGCUAUUGUUGCAGAUGUGUCGGCAUUUAAAAUUUGAUUGGAUUGGAGAAGAGCUUGGUAUAACAUCUUUAUUAAUUAAUAAACCAAAUGCACCAAUAAAGUUAAAUUUUCACAAAAUCUCAAAAACAACAUGCAAGUGAA